AUGCGCCUGUUUAAGAAGUAUUGCCUGCCGUCGCAUACUGAAAAGAGUGCGGGGAAGAAGAACAAGGAAAAGCCUCCAUUCCGCGCGUCGAGCUCGUUCAGCAGCAACAGCAGCAAAUCGACUAGCAGGAACUCGCCUCUAUCUCCUUCGCAUUCUGCCUCGAGCUACGAUCCUACCAAACGACUGCCCCCGCAAGUUCUCAACAGAAUAUUCUCCUAUGUCUGCCCUCAUGCGCUCGAUGAAUCAUAUAACUCGUCUGAAGAGUCAAUAACUGAAGAUGGCUGCAUGCUAUGUGAUAUGCGCGACUUGGCGUGCUGCGCUUUGGUAAGCAAAAAGUGGUCCACGCCAGCGCAAAAGUUACUCUACCGAAAUGUCCGCAUCGACGCCGUUCACUACUGUGAACUUGAGAUCGAGCUAUCCGCAAAACGCAAACGUCGCCGCUCUUUUGUCGACCAGAAUGGAAAAAGGUUGGAUGUCCCACAGUCGCGGUUACAUUUAUUCAUGAGAACAGUCAGGGAUUCUCGACAGCUUGCCGAGACCGUUUUAUCUUUGAGAUUGCCAUACAUGACCCGAGAGGCUAGCAAGUCGGAUCUAGCUCGGACUAUUUCCGUGUUACACAGUUUGCGAUAUGUCGACCUACCAGUAGGAUUCUUCACCGAUGAUCCCUCGUCGUACGCCUUGAAGCAGGAGUUGAUAGCUAAUUGUCCUGAUGUUCGACGUAUGACAUAUGCCCAUGGCUCAGAGAUGAGUUUUUCCCAGAUAGUCGGCUCGUCGUUGUGGAAGAAUUUGGAGAGUCUAGAGUUAUCCAACCUGCAGGUUGAGGAGAGUACUCUGCGGCAGGUUCUCUCUUCGUUUCCCGCAUUGCGAAAUCUGAAGAUGGAAAACAUGCCAUCAAUAGGAGAUUCUCUCUUUACUCCUAACCAAUACCUCCCGACGUUUCCACCUAUCGCCAAGUUGACGGUUCGGAACAUAUCAACCAUCACCGCUGGCGGGCUGGCUGAUCAUCUCUCCGCUCCACAGACUCAACAUGCUCUUAAAGAAUUGGUUCUGGUGCAAUGCGGAGUCCGUCCAGAAUCAUUACAUACAGUCUUUUCCAGAGCCCCUCGACUCGCAAACCUCACGCUAGAGUUGGAGGUAGACAAAUCUUUUCUUGCACAAGAGACCCCGCUUCUAGCGUCCAGAAGUCUGAAAACCAUACACUACGAAAUUACCUGUUCAGGAAGCCCAACCGGACCACAGCCUGUGACAAAAUCCUAUUAUGACUAUCUGAUGUCUUCUCUCAAGGCAAAUAGUCUGCCAUCCCUGCGGAAUAUAUAUGUCCUGGAUUCCUCAUUCGCCGAUCUUCUUCUUCUGGUUCCGCCGCCCCGUCUAUUCGGCGGAGGCGAGAACGGACUGCAGUCAGUAGGGCCAGGAUUGCAACAACCAUUGACACUCUACACCAAAGGCAUGGACGAAUUCGAGUGGAAUGUGACCGAAUUCGAGCCGGUAUCAUCUGGCAGACGAUCAAGUACGACCAGACCAGUCAGUUUCCAUUCGGCACAACUGAGUCCACGAUGGGGUGGGGACGCGCGUGAGAGUGUCCUUGUAGGCAACGGAUUUGGAGGAUAUCUUGCGGUUCCUGUGGACGAAGGACGACCGAUGAGCAGUAGUGGGGUUCGGGGUAAUGACAAAAGGGAUAGCAAGUAUGAUCUGUGGAGGUGA